AUGAGUGUUCAUGAUUACUCCUUGAAGUUCAUCCAAUUCGCCAAAUAUGCUCCUUCCUUGGUCUCCGAUCCUAGAGAUGAGAUGAGUCAAUUUGUGACGGGUGUAUCAGAUGACUUACAUGAAGAAUGUCAUUCGGCGAUGUUACAUGACAAUACGAACAUUUCCCAUCUUAUGGUGCAUGCUAGGAGGGUGGAGGAGGCUAGAGCUAAGAGGAAGAAUAGGGAUACAAAGAGGGCAAGGUCCUUUGAGGGUAGAGCUACAAGGAAUAGUCUUGAGAUUCAAGACAAGCCUAAAUUCAAGAAGAGAUUCUCAAAUCAAGUUCCAUCCAAAUUUCCUAAGGCUAGGGAUGACAAGGCCCCUAGGCAAAAAUUCCAAAAGGGGAAGAUUGGGAGUUUGUCUAAUGAGAAAUCUACUUGUGGCAAAUGUGGAAAGGGUCAUUUUGGUGAAUGCUUGAUAGGAACAGGGAUUUGCUUAGGUUGUUGCAAAAAUUGCCACAAGGUUAUGGCUAACACUAUGGACAAUGCUAGAAGGGAAGGAGAUGGGAAUGGGGAGCAAGAGAUUCCUCCCCCAAGUUUAAGAACGAGUUCCUCCACAAGUGCAAGAACAAGUUCCUCCUCAAGUUCCUAA